AUGUUACCGCCGCCGCCGCUGUCUCUGGAGCCGCCGCCAGCUGUUGAAGAAAGUCCGGUGCCAGCAUGGGGAAGCCGUCCGGAGCUGCGCACCACCAGAGGAUCCAGCAGCCGUUUCCGGGAGGAGGAGGCUGCAGCGCUGCCCAGCAAAAGAGCUAGAAGUGCAGGGAGCGCUUGUACUCCUCCCCCGGGGGCGGGGCGUCGGCACAGCACCAAUCGGAGAAGAGCAGCUUCUCAGAGAGGCCGGCAGUCCUCCAGGAUCAGAGAGUCUGGAAGGCAGAGUGGCAGUUCCUAUACAGAAGCUGUUCUCACUGGUGUGGAACGUCAUCAGGAUGCUGCCACUGAGGAGCUGCAGCAGGAAGUGGAGCAGCAGAUCCUGCAGGAUGAAUUACAGGGGCUGCCUGUUGAGAGGCUCCCACCUCUGCUGGUUGAGCCAUCUCCGGGCCCCCUGGGAAGAUCACCACACCUAUCAUCUGCUGCCUAUGGUCCACGCCAGGAAGGACAGCCAGUGGUUCCUGAGGUUCCGGGAAUUAGCUCCGGAGGCGGAUCUGGAUGGGAGCCCAUGUCCUCAACAUCUGUGGGGCUUGAUUUGGGACUGAUGUCUGAAGCUAUUGAGAGGUCCUUGGCCCCGAGAACAUGGGCAGCUUACUCUGCCGCAUGGCGGGAUUGGUGGUAUUUUUUAAAUGCUUGCUCAAUGGAUAUUAAAGGGGAUGUUUUAAGUUGCGGUGUAUUGUUUGUUACUAGCUUAUUUAAUAGGAAAUUGGCGGCUUCAUCUGUGGCGAAAGUAGUGUCUGGCGUGUCAUUUUUUCAGAAACUGCGGGGUGAGAGGCCGUUAUCUUCCUUUUUUCAGAUUAAGCAGGCUCUGAAGGGUUACAAGAAAGGUAUUGGUACAUUUACCUCAGAAAAAUGUGUUACCUGUAGUCUAGAAGAUUCCUGCUGUACAAGUGAAGAGCGCAGCUGA